CGGGGGUCGGGGAGGAGAGAAAAGACAGACCCAACAACACCGCGUAGAGUUAGCGAGCCUACAAUCGUGGUCGUUCGUUUCUCUUACCUAGCUCGUCUUUUCCGAAGUCCGAGAAAGAUAUCGUGGGCUAGCUACUUACGAGUAGAAACGUAACGUUAAACAUAAGUUGAGUACGUUACGUUGUGGGAUCAUUCUGCGUAUGAUGUCGGAUGUAAUCUGCUGGUGUAGAGACGAAGAAAGAGAGGAGUAGGAGAGCGGGGGGAAAUUGGUACGUUUCUUGAGGAGGGACAUGGCCCAGGAGACCAACCAGAACCAAGGGCCGCUGCUCUGCACCACUGGCUGCGGUUUCUACAGCAACCCGCGAAACAAUGGCAUGUGUUCCAUGUGCUACAAGGACUUCCUCCAGAGACAAAACAACAAUGGACGAGUCAGUCCACCAGUGUCGUCCUCGGUGGCGGUUAAUAGCCUGGGGGAGUCCCUCCUAGCCCAGUGCUCAGAGAGCAGUACUGUAGACGUGCCGUCAGCCACGACCCACACAGACACCAGGAUGAACAGGUACAGUAGGGUUGUAUCUAGCCAGUCACUCUUAACGACAGCACCAGCUACUCAUUCAGAAGAGGAGAGGACAGCCACAUCUGAAGAAGACCUGAAAACAGAAGAGAUACAAGUGUCUGUAUCGGUAUCCGAGGACACGGACCAGGCCUCGGUAGACGGACAGGACAAACCCUCUGACUCAGACCAACCCAAAGCCGCCAAGAAGAAUCGCUGCUUCUCCUGCCGCAAGAAAGUCGGCCUCACGGGCUUCGACUGCCGAUGCGGCAACGUGUUCUGCAGCAUGCACCGGUACUCAGACGUUCACAACUGCACUUUCAACUACAAGGCCGACGCAGCGGAGAAGAUCAGGAAAGCCAACCCUGUCUGCGUCGGGGAGAAGAUACAGAAGAUCUGAACACAGGUUUGCUGAGAAUCGAUGUCCACCCGGAAGCCUGCGCUUUUAGAUGACCCAUCAACCACCUCUUCCUUUCUCCGUUUCCUCUUUUGAUUUGAAGUUGUUUAUGUGAGCAACGCUCCAUCCCAUCGGACACUUUAAAAUCAUGCAUGUCAGCUGCAAAAACUGUCUUUGUAAAUGUAUUUUUACUUAACCUGUUUCCUUUUGUAGUUGUAAUUAUUUUAUCCCUUAAAUGUUGUGGUUUAUGAAAAAUCUGAAGAUUUAAACCGUUACAAUAUUUAGAUUGAUUAAUUGGGCUUUAAUUACUUUGUUGGCUACUACUGGAAAGGCUGUGUUUUUCUGGUGUUAAUUUUUUUUAACAAAAAACAUGUUAAAAAGCAUCAAGGAUCUUUCCAUUCCUCCUUUUGGACUGUAUGUAGCCUGACAAAGACGACGGAACAGAUUGUGUUUUACAUUAUCAGCGAGAGAGCAGAAACCAGGAUUGCGCCGUUGCUCCCAGACCUUUUUGUAUAAUUGAGUCAUUUUAAAGACUGUGUGUGAUCUGCUGUGUAAAAGUGUAUGUUUAUCAUAUGAUUAUGAAUAGCCUGUAUGCAUGUUUCCGCUUGUGCGUUUGAGGAUUAUAAAGUUCAUUUAUGGGUGCACAGGAUUAUGACCUGAAUCUAUUGUUCUGUAUUUAUGUUAGUUUAUUCACUUUCUUAACUUUGAUCUGAAUAAAGCUCUAACACAUUUUAGAACAUUUGAAA